AUGCAAACCAUACUGCAUGCACGAACUCAAGUACUUCGCCAACUGGGGAAGAGUGCUAGACGCGCUCCAAACAAUAUGCAGGCAGCCCGGGCUUACGCCGACAUACCUAAAGCUAAUCAGACUACUCCGUUGACACGGAACAAUAUUCCCUUAAUCGCUGCCGCGGCGCUUGCUGCUGCAAUACCAUCCUACUAUUUCAUCCACAGUAACAAGGUACCAGCCUCCGGCCAGUCCGAGAUCCGGGAGGCUCGAGACAAAGGCGAUCCUUCGAAAGAGUAUCGUGAUCCUAGAGACAGUGAUGUCAAGACAUUGGAGGAUAAGAAGAGAAAGUAUGGCAGUUGA